CCUGAGGAAUGUAAACUAUUCAACAUGGAGACAGCAGUCAAUGAGCUGGAGGCGAUGUUCCAGAAGGCGGAAGCUGACCUGGAAUACAUUGAAAAACAGUUGAAAUCUGAAUUCCUGACUGAGGCUCCUGAGAGUGGUGAUGCGGAGGAGAAUCCCAUAAAGUUGCUAGAAAACCUUUCCGCUGUCAAAGUUCAGUACAAGGCCCUGUGCGCCCAGAUGGAGGCGAUCUCUGUGGAACAGAAGCAGUCCGUGGAGUCGAUCCGAGCCUACCUCAACAACACGUUGCAGCUUGUGCAGGAGCUACAGCAAACCACUGACAUCGAGGCUCCCCCUUUGACUGAGAAAGAGAAGGAAGCUGCAGAGUUUCUCGGCUUACCUCUUCCACAACAUGCUGCAGCGAGUUUACCUACAUCAGAGCCCUCAGCCAGUGAGCAGCUACAGUCCCAGAGCAAGGACAAGUUUGUGGAGCUGAGCAAAGCGGAGCUUGAGGCCGUGCCGCGAAGCACCCGCUCCAACACCAAGCUGGCCGAUCUCAAUGACUUCUACAGGCAGCUGUUUGAGCACUUUGCAACCAGGAAGAACAGCAAGCCCCUCAGCUUGCAACAGAUGAAGAAAAUGAACCCGAAGGUGAAUGAUGCCAUGCUGAAAACACUGAAGCACCUAUCUGUCAUCAAGAUGGACAAUAAGGGACAUGUUUGCCUGGCAGCGAGAGAGUAAGGGACAGGCAAAGGGCUGUCUAAAGACUGCUGAGACAAAUGCAAAAUGGUUGCACAGACAUUACAUGGAUAGCAUUGGUAAAAAUGACUGGAAUACUGAUCCUGCCAGUGAUACCCUGCCACUCCCUGCCCGAAAGUGGGUAUUUCUACCCCUCUUUAAAGAAAAAAAGCAAGCAGAGAAUGGUUUUUCCAUUCUUCAUUAUCCUGGAGACUUGGGUCUAAAACGUCUGUGAGAAGUGAGCAUUCCAGGAGAAGUCGGGUUAUACAUUUCUUCAACUGCACUUUAAUUCCCAUUUC